AUGGCGCUUGUUCGGGGCGAAAUUCAGAUCAGGCAUGCUCUCCAGGCGCAGACGGCGGUGCGGCUGCGUGGUGGAAAACCGAGUCAGAUCGACACUCAGACCACUGUACCACUACUAUUGUCGGUCGAUACCAGCUCGGGCUUCAAUGGCGACAGCACAGCUCCGUCCUUGGACAUCUUCGUCGUUCCGCCGACUUUCUCCGAAGGCCUCGCGAUCAGGAGACAUCGCUUCAUUGUGGUAUGCCUCUGGGGCGAGGAUCGAUAUAUGUACACGGCAGAGACUACGCCCAUGCCGCAACCGACCAGGGCCAAAGUGUUGGGUUUUCCCAUCGUGUUGACAGGAUUCAGGAUCUUUGAGGGACAGGAUCGAUACACCUCCGAGAGGGGCCUACAGGGGUGA